AUGAGUCCCCUCAGAAAUGCCGUGCUAAACGAUAUUCGAACAUCUUGGACAGAGGCUCUCGGAACAGCAGCACUCACUGCAAGAGUCGACUUCUAUUACCCAGUUAUCGAGCAGAAACUCCCCGAUGCCACUAAAUACAACCUCAUCGUUCUAAGCGGCAGCAAGGCCGAUGCAUCUUCCUCAGAACCCUUAGGUUCUAAGUGUCCUCGAAAACGUUCCCACGAUUUUGCGCGACUGAUAAUCAAGAUACUUGGUAUGUGCUGGGGUCAUCAGGCUAUUGCUCGGGCGUUUGGUGGUGAUGUCGGUCCUGUUCCCACGGGUCCAAUUGCCUUGGAGCGAGCACUAGAAUUUCAUGCUUUCGAAGCAGCCAAGGCAGCAUCAGGGUUCAUUCACUUCGCCAUGAACCACAAAUGUUUUGUCAAUGAGGAAAACACAAUCCUUACCUUCCAGGCUCAACACUGGAGAUCCAUUGCACUCGCGAGAAAGAUGCUCCUGAAAGAGGGCCCCAUAUAUAAUGGCAAUUCGUCAGCCGCAGCGAUCGAACAGGAGGUGCGAGAAUUAAAUCACCCGACAGAUGGCUUCAACUUGUUAGAUUGA